UCGAAACUGUCGAAAAUUAGAUUUCCAUUUCUGCAUUGAUAAUUUUGCAAAUGAAUACUGUGUUUCGAAGGCCAUUGCUAUUUCGCCGAUUUUGCCAAGUAAUCGUACCAAAAGCACUGCCCAGAAAUAAUAUCCAUCGAGAAUUGAUUUUCACUAGUACCAGAGCCAUGUCAAGCACUUUGUCCAAAAAGCUCAUCGAGUAUCCAGUUGCUCGCAAAGAUGCCACUGUGGAGGAGGAUUUCCAUGGCACCCAGAUUAAGGAUGUGUACCGCUGGCUGGAAGAUCCGGAUUCGACGGAAACCGAGGAGUUCGUCAACGCCCAAAACAACAUAAGCCGGCCAUUCCUUGAAAAUGGUGACGAGUGGCAAAAACUCAACUCCAAGCUGACCAAGCUGUGGAACUAUCCCAAAUACGGAUGCCCCAUGCGAUAUGGCAACUAUUACUACUACUUUAUGAACACCGGCCUGCAGAACCAAAGUGUUAUGUACCAGCAAAAAUCGUUGGACGACGAAAGCCAAGUGUUUCUGGAUCCAAACACUUUGUCUGAGGACGGUACGGUUGCCUUAACUCAAAAAGCCUUUUCCGAAGAUGGCAAAUAUAUGGCCUACGGACUGAGUGAAAGUGGAUCCGAUUGGAUUAAGAUCCUCAUUCGAGACGCCGAUACUGGCAAGGAUUUAAGCGAAGUCCUCGAAAAGGUUAAGUUCUCCGAGAUAUCGUGGACGAAAGACAACAAGGGAUUCUUCUAUGGUAGAUACCCCGAUCAAGAUGGUAAAACUGAUGGAUCUGAGACCAAGCAAAAUGAAAAUCAAAAAUUGUACUAUCAUCGGGUGGGCGAAAGCCAGGAUAAGGAUACACUUGUGGUCGAGUUCCCCGAAGAGCCAUCAUGGCGCAUCCAAUCUACUGUCUCCGAUUGCGGGAAAUACUUGAUUCUGGCUAUUGUGAAGGAUUGCCGAGACAACAUUGUUUUCUAUGCAGACCUUGAGCCAGGACAGGAAAUCAACUCCAAACUGAGUGUCAAGAAAAUUGUGGAGAAAUUCGAGGCGGACUAUGAUUACAUUACCAACGAAGGCUCAAAAGUAUUCUUCCGUACCAAUAAAAAUGCACCAAAUUAUCAAGUAAUUGCCAUAGACUUUGAAAACCCAGAGGAGGACAAAUGGGAAACGCUUAUAGCCGAGCACAAAUCGGAUGUGUUGGACUGGGUUAGAUGCGUUGAUACUGAUAAAUUGCUCGUUUGCUACAUAAGGGAUGUGAAGAGCGUUUUACAGGUCAAUUCACUGACGGAUGGGAAACUACUGCGUGAAUUCGAUCUUGAUAUCGGUACCAUUGUGGGAACCUCCGGAGAGAAGAAAUAUUCUGAAAUAUUCUACAACUUUUCAUCGUUUUUAAACCCCGGCUCCAUUUAUCACUAUGACUUCAAGACACCAGAGAAGGCGCCUUCGGUGUUUCGCGAAAUCAAGCUCAACUUGGAGGGCUUCCGUCGCGAAGACUACGCCGUGGAACAAAUAUUCUACAACAGCAAGGAUGGCACCAAGGUUCCGAUGUUUAUAAUUCGGAAAAAGCGGGAUGCCAUUGAGCCGCGACCAUGUCUGCUUUACGGAUACGGAGGUUUCAACAUCAGUAUGCUUCCGUCCUUCGGACUCUCUGGGCUUAUGUUUAUUGACACCUUCGAUGGAGUGCUUGCCUAUCCGAACCUGCGAGGCGGUGGUGAAUACGGCGAAAAGUGGCACAACGGCGGUCGCCUGCUGAACAAGCAGAACGUAUUCGACGACUUCCAAGCGGCAGCCGAGUAUUUGAUUGACAAUAAGUAUACGACCAAGGACCGAUUGGCCAUCCAGGGUGGCUCCAACGGAGGACUUCUAGUCGGCUCUUGUAUUAACCAACGUCCUGAUUUGUUUGGCGCUGCUGUUGCACAAGUCGGAGUAAUGGAUAUGUUGCGCUUCCAUAAAUUCACCAUUGGACAUGCUUGGUGCUCGGAUUACGGAAACCCAUCGGAGAAGGAGCACUUUGAGAAUCUUUACAAGUUUUCGCCGCUGCAUAAUGUGCACACUCCGAAGGGUGCCGAAACUGAAUAUCCAUCCACUUUGAUCCUGACGGCCGACCACGACGACCGCGUCAGUCCCUUGCAUUCGCUGAAAUUCGUUGCCGCCCUGCAGGAUGCUGUUCGCGAUUCCGAAUUCCAAAACAACCCAGUUCUGUUGCGGGUGUAUCAAAAGGCGGGCCACGGUGCCGGCAAGCCCACCUCAAAGAGGAUCGAGGAAGCCACUGAUAUCCUGACAUUCUUGUCGAAGAGCCUUAAAGUCGACACAGUCAACGUUUGAGUGGUAAACAAUAAAUAAAUUGCAUUUCUCAAGGUCAAAAAAAAAUUGCUGCUUUUACAAUGUAUUCAAUAAUUUCACAAUAAAUUAUACCGCUGAAGAAGAUA